CGUUCUACAGAAUGUACACGCUCAGCUAUCUGUAUUACACCCCGACAGCCAUGGCCAUCCUCCUUAUCGUGGGACUCAUCGUUAGUUUUAUAACAGGCCCCCGAGAACCCUCCAGUAUCGACCCUCGUCUCAUCUGUCCGCUGUUCGACAAUCUCUUCCCCUGUUUGCCGGAGAAGAUCCUCAAACCCCUCAGAUUUGGGGUCAACCACAAAGGGAAAUACGACUUAUCAAUGCCUAAGUCAGAGGGUCCUCUUGAAGAUCCACCUGGUCGGCAUCGACCAGAUGUUUUCUCAAUGCCAGGAGAUGAAUGCACGGAUAACAACCUGCGCCUCCAUGAUGACCAGCACUCGCUACAUAGCGACACAGCUGUGUAGCACACAGACAAUUGUCCAUCACCGACAUUUACAACCUGCAUAAUAAAUACCAAGUCACUCAUACUUAACUUGGACAAAUAGGCAACGUCCAAUGAGGAUCCUUGUUUAUUCUUUCUGACAGAAUAAAUGUAGUAAUUGGUGAUCACCUCAAAGCCUUCAGUAACGAGGGAAUGUAAUUCGAGAGAAGGUUUUCCAAUACCGUGUCUGCUAUUUGUUUCAAGGAUUUGGAUGCUUUAUAUACAGUGUUAACCGCAAGAAGCUGACGUCAACUUAUUUUUCUGACUUCAUUUUCCUCAACUCAUUUGUCAUGUAUG